ACUCGAUUAGGAAAUAUGCUGAAGGGUCUGGUCGGACUGGUGACGGGGGGCGGGUCGGGGCUCGGGCUGGCCACGGCCGAGCUGCUGCUGCAGCAGGGCGGUCGCGUGGUCAUCUGCGACCUGCCCACCAGCGACGGCCGCGACGCCGCCAAGCGGCUGGGCGAGAACGCCGCCUUCGUUCCCGUCGACGUGACCUCGGAGACUGACGUGAAGACAGCACUGCAGAGCACCAAGGACCGCUUCGGGCGCCUCGAUGUGGCUGUCAACUGCGCCGGCGUUGCCAGCGCGCAACGGAUCUACAACUUCAAGAAGGACCAGCCAUUCGACCUCAAAACAUUCCAGAAAACCGUUGAGGUGAAUCUGGUGGGCACGUUCAACGUGAUCCGGCUGGCGGCCGGUAUGAUCGGCAAGAACGCGCCCGACGCGGACGGCCAGCGCGGCGUCAUCGUCAACACCGCCAGCGUGGCCGCCUUCGACGGACAGAUCGGGCAGGCAGCGUACUCGGCGUCUAAGGCGGGCGUGGUGGGCAUGACCCUGCCCAUCGCCAGAGACCUGGCCAAGCAGGGGAUCCGCGUCGUUACUAUUGCCCCAGGGUUGUUCCGGACUCCAAUGAUGAAGCAGAUGCCAGAGCCUGCGAUCAAGGCGCUGGAGGCGCAGGUCCCGUUCCCACCGCGCCUGGGCUUGCCCAGCGAGUUCGCGCAGCUCGUCGAGGCCAUCAUACGGAACCCCAUGCUCAACGGCGAGACGAUACGGCUCGAUGGCGCUAUCCGGAUGCAACCUUAAACUCCCUCUUACCAGAAGUCGCCCGGAUACUUACUGAAAAUUGCAAUAUUUCAUAUG